GUCGUUACCGUUCCCACGUUACCCUCGCGCGCACUUGGGGAGCCCUGCCGCACGUAUAUCGAUUAGCCCCAGUGAACCAAUUCCUCAACAGAACAGAGAACAGAGAACACAGAACCGAACCACGGAUAGAACGCAAUCGCAAUUAGUGCUGCUGCUGCUGCUACUGAUACUUUGUUGCCCAGUUCGGUGGCGACUCCCUGGCUAGCGCAACCGAAACAGAAACCGCAGCCGAACGCCAGUGCGCAUUCCCUCUUCCGGUAUUCGGGUAAUCCGGUAUCGAUCAAACAAGGGGCACCCCGUACACAUGUGAGUGGCGUGGCAACGUCAACGUGUGCCGCCGUCAGACCCACAGCGGAACCGCCACUCAGUCAGAACCGUCAGGCAGUCGGCAGUCGAGCGAGAGGAGGGAGCGGAGGAGCGUCUGCUACACGGGGAUUAGCACCAUCUCAGAUAGAAAUCUACGCGCACGCGACUUGCCGCGACAUUCGAGUGGCAUCGAAGAAAAGUGAAAGCCAAAGGAAAGCCAAGGAACCCCAUCUUCAGGUCACUCGAGGUGGAAGGGCGAACUGGAGACAGCAGCAGGAGCAGAAGCAGCAGCAACAGCAGGACCGCAGCAAGUGCAUGGGUUGAGGAGAGAGAGGCGCAGGAAUGGGCGAUUCAGGUGAGUGAAAUGGCCAUAAAUGUGGCAGCGAUAAGCGAGUCUGAUGCGAGGCAUAUUUGUGGGCAGAGCGAGAUGUGAAUAUCCUUCAGGGAAGGCGCAUCGAGCUUUUUGAGCUCGAAUCAAAGGCAACGUUGAAGGUGCUUUGGGUCUUUCAGUCGAGUCUAAUUUUGGGGGAAGUGCUGAACACCUUUGAGGCGUUUUAAAUAUUCCUCCAUUAGGAUGGAAGUAUUGAUAAAGCAAUCACAUGUCUGCGCCUGCGAUAAGGACUUCCACAACGAGUAUCCAGGGAACUAAUUCUUAUCGCAUAGCUUUAUUCCGAUUUUCGUUUACUUUUCGUGUAGAGGAAAAUGAAUAGUCGUAUGGCUUCUAGGAAUCCUAAUAGUCUAAGGGAAUGCGGGAAUAGGAAUAUAGAUGCCAUAUUUCCCUCCUUAGGGUAUCGAUGAAGCCAUUUUUAGAAACUUCAAGGCUCCUUUUUAGGGGGGCGACGCAACCACGAGGCGACUAUUCAAUUUUAGACACAUUUGACGUCUCGCUUAGACUUUUCUUGAGGCGUUGCAGUUGCGGCAGCGAGUGCCCUGGAAACUGGCGGCACGCAUAUGUGCCACAUAACGGGGCAGCAGCAGGAGCAGGGGCUGUGGCCGGGAGGCACAAGUUUAAAGAUAGCAUCUGGGAGGGAUUAGAAAGGAGGUGGUGCAGUCGGCCCAUCCGCAGGCGAAGAAAGUUAUGACAGGUUGGGGCUGCCUGCCAGAGGAUUAGGUCCGACACUUCAGAGGCCCUUCGACUUAGAGGAAAGUAGAACGUUCCCAGAGGCAGACGCACAAAACAGAAGACGCGGAACAGUAAACGACAUAAUGCUGGGCAUUGCCUGUGAUCCGCUUGAGCACACGAGCAUGUACGAGCGUGGCUCGGAGGACAGCGAGGACAGCGAUGGAGAGGGCGGCCUGGGCAAUGUGUCCCGCGUGAUUAUCCGUCCGCCGGGGCAGAGCGGCAAGGCGAAGCGGGGCCAUUUGUGCUUCGAUGCGGCCUUCGAGACGGGGAAUCUGGGCAAGGCCGAGCUGGUGGGGGAGUUCGAGUACGAUCUGUUCCUGCGGCCGGACACGUGCAAUCCGCGCUUCCGCUUUUGGUUCAACUUCACGGUGGACAACGUCAAGCAGGACCAGCGGGUGCUCUUCAACAUCGUGAACCUCAGCAAGAGCCGCAAUCUGUUCGCCUCCGGCCUCACGCCACUCGUCAAGAGCUCCAGUCGGCCCAAGUGGCAGCGGAUGUCCAAGCGGCAGGUGUUCUUCUACCGGUCGGCCAUGCACCAGGGCCACUACGUCCUCAGCUUUGCCUUCAUCUUCGAGAAGGAGGAGGACGUCUACCAGUUCGCUCUGGCCUGGCCCUACAGCUACUCCCGCCUCCAGUCCUAUUUGAAUGUGAUCGAUGCACGGCAGGGCACAGACAAGCGCUUCACGCGAUGCGUCCUCAUCAAGUCGCUGCAAAACAGAAAUGUGGAUCUGCUGACCAUCGAUCAGGUGACGCAUAAGCAGCGCUCCACCAAUCGCUUGGAUCGCAGCUUCAUUCGUGUCAUCGUGAUCGUCUGUCGGACGCACUCCAGCGAGGCCCCCGCCUCCCACGUCUGCCAGGGCCUGAUCGAGUUCCUCGUGGGCAACCAUCCGGUAGCGGCGGUCCUGCGCGAGAACUUUGUGUUCAAGAUCGUGCCGAUGGCCAAUCCGGAUGGCGUGUUCCUGGGCAACAACCGCUGCAAUCUGAUGGGCCAGGACAUGAACCGCAACUGGCAUCUGGCCUCGGAGUUCACGCAGCCGGAGCUGCACGCCAUCAGGGGGAUGCUGAAGGAGCUGGAUAAUUCGGAUACAUAUCAGAUUGAUUUCGUGAUCGAUCUGCAUGCCAACAGCAGCAUGCACGGCUGCUUCGUGUACGGGAACACGUACGAGGAUGUCUACCGCUACGAGCGACACCUGGUCUUUCCGCGACUCUUCGCCAGCAAUGCCCCCGACUAUGUGGCCGAGCACACGAUGUUCAAUGCCGACGACCGAAAGGCGGGCAGCCUCAGGAGAUUCAGCUGCGAGCGCCUCAGCGACACGGUAAACGCCUACACCCUGGAGGUGUCCAUGGCGGGUCAUUUUCUGCGCGACGGCAAGACGGUGGCCCUCUACAACGAGGAUGGAUACUACCGCGUGGGUAGGAAUCUCGCCCGCACCCUGCUCCAGUACUACCGCUUUAUCAACAUCCUGCCCGUGCCCCUCGUGCCGGAGGUGCGGGGCAAACGAAGGGGCCGCCUGCGCAACCAGCACUCCCGCUCACGUUCCAAGACGCGCUACGAGGUCAAGCCCCGACCCAAGACCCCGCGCUGUCACGCCCCCAUAUCGUACAACAAUCUGAGCAUCUGCUACGAUUCCGGAGGAGGUGGAGGAGGAUCCUCCGAUGAAGGAGGCUUCUCCCCCGUCCGACCACUGGCACCCGGAAGCAGCAGCUUCAGCGGCUGCCGCAACUACCGGAGGGCGGCUACAGCCACUUGCCCUGCGGCCCACGAUCAGUAUUCCUCUUUUUCCUUGGGUGCACUCAAAACAGGAAGUGAUCAUGGAGGAGCCGUUGGCCAGGGCAAGAGAUCGGCGAGGGUGACCAUUGAGGUGCCGCUGCCCGUGAACGUACCCCCCAAGCCCUACCUCUCCAUCAUUGACCUCAAUCAGCUGACGAGGGGCAGCCUGAAGCUCAAAUCGAACAGUUUCGAUGCAGCCGACAGGCGAUAGAAAGAGAGUGAGUGAGUGAGAGAGAGAGAGAGAGAGUAAGUGGAUAACUGUAAUUGUUCCUUUUGUACGCUUUCCGCUUCGUUUUUUCUAAAUAAACAGUUAAUGUCUCCGAAAAUUGAGCAACAAGUCAGGUGGGUCGGCGAAUGAGUGGGAAUGCCAUUUGCUGGGCUUAUCCGCUUAUCUCUGUGCUGUUGCGCACUAUUUGGCCCCCUGCCAGGAGGCGAUUCGUCGGGAGGGGAAUGACUCGACUCAUUGCAUUGCGAGAUAGCACUCAUCACUCGUAUCAAGUCGAAUCAUGUCUAGGU